CAGCAGCCUCUAGGCACAGCCAUUCAAGAUGCACCCAGGUGUCCUGGCUGCCUUCGUCCUCCUGACUUGGACGCAGUGUUGGUCCCUGCCCCUGCCCAGUGAUGGUGAUGAUGACGACCUGUCAGAGGAAGACUUCCAGCUCGCAGAGAACUAUCUGAAAUCAUACUACUACCCCCUGAAUCCUGCCGGAAUCCUGAAGAAGACUGCAGUGGGCUCCGUGGUUGACAGGCUUAGAGAAAUGCAGUCUUUCUUUGGCUUAGAGGUGACUGGCAAACUCGAUGAUAACACUUUAGACAUCAUGAAAAAACCAAGAUGUGGGGUCCCCGAUGUGGGUGAAUACAAUGUUUUUCCGCGAACUCUCAAGUGGUCCAAAAUGAACUUGACCUACAGAAUUGUGAACUACACCCCUGAUCUGACCCAGUCCGAAGUUGAAAAGGCAUUCAGAAAAGCCUUCAAAGUUUGGUCUGAUGUGACACCUCUGAAUUUCACCAGAAUUCACAACGGCACCGCUGAUAUCAUGAUCUCUUUUGGAAUUAAAGAGCAUGGCGACUUCUACCCAUUUGAUGGACCCUCUGGUCUGUUGGCUCAUGCUUUUCCUCCGGGACCAAAUUAUGGAGGAGAUGCCCAUUUUGAUGAUGAUGAAUUCUGGACAAGUAGUUCCAAAGGCUACAACUUGUUUCUUGUUGCUGCCCAUGAGUUCGGCCAUUCCUUAGGUCUUGACCACUCCAAGGACCCAGGAGCACUCAUGUUCCCCAUCUACACCUACACGGGCAAAAGCCACUUUAUGCUUCCUGACGAUGACGUACAAGGGAUCCAGUCUCUCUAUGGUCCAGGAGACGACGACCCCAACCCUAAACACCCCAAAACGCCAGACAAGUGUGACCCUUCCUUAUCCCUUGAUGCCAUCACCAGCCUCCGAGGAGAAACAAUGAUCUUCAAAGACAGAUUCUUCUGGCGCCUGCAUCCUCAGCAGGUGGAUGUGGAACUGUUUUUAACAAAAUCGUUUUGGCCAGAACUUCCCAACCGUAUUGAUGCUGCCUAUGAGCACCCGUCCCGCGACCUUAUCUUCAUCUUCAGAGGCAGAAAAUUUUGGGCUCUUAAUGGUUAUGACAUUCUGGAAGGUUAUCCCCAAAAAAUAUCGGAACUGGGAUUUCCCAAAGAGGUUAAAAAGAUAAGUGCAGCUGUUCACUUUGAGGACACAGGGAAGACGCUCUUCUUCUCAGGAAACCAAGUCUGGAGCUAUGAUGAUGCCAACCACAUGUUGGAUACAGACUAUCCCAGGCUCAUAGAAGAGGAAUUCCCAGGAAUCGGUGACAAAGUAGACGCCGUCUAUGAGAAAAAUGGAUAUAUCUAUUUUUUCAACGGGCCCAUACAGUUUGAGUACAGCAUCUGGAGUAAACGUAUUGUUCGCGUCAUGCCAGCAAAUUCCCUAUUGUGGUGUUAGAUGUUUUUUAAAAUACUGUUAUUUAAAUCCUGGAGAGCAUUUGUGAUAUUACUUCC